AAUGUCUUUGACAACAUCAGCGCUGAGGAGGAUGUGCUUCAAUUUAUUGGGUCGUCCAAUGGACACUGUACCGCGGCGAAAGCGAUCAGCGCUAAGGCUCGUGCAACUCAGUGUCUCGGCGAUAUGGGCGACCAUACUUUCCAGCAAGUUUCCCAUGACCGAGCUCCUAUGUCUGAGAAAGAUAUCAAACCACGAUCAGCUUUAACAGUUAUCGAGAAAGUCGGAGGGGGUCAAAGACUUGGCAAG